AUUGACGUGAAUAUGAUUUUGGACACCUCCAUAUUUUGGGGAAACUUUCUAUAUGAUUUUUUAGAAUCUUUAGUUUACAAGAUAAUUCCCAAGAAGAAAAAGAAUGUCGCUGGAGAGAUUGUCCUUAUAACAGGAGCUGCAAGUGGACUUGGGAGGCUAUUGGCCAUAAAAUUUGCCAGCCUUGGAGCCAUUUUAGCUCUCUGGGGCAUUAAUGAAGAAGCCAACAUGGAAACGUGUCGAAUGAUCAAAGAAAAGGGGGAUGUGAAAGCAUUUGCCCACAAAUGUGACUGGAGCAACAGGCAAGAUGUCUACAGACUUGCUGAUCAGGUGAAAAGCAAAGUGGGCGAUGUGUCCAUCCUCCUUAACAGCACAGGGGUGGUGACCUGCAAGCUGUUUCUCAACACCCCAGAUCACAAUGUGGGAAGAUCGUUUCUGGUAAAUGCCCUGUCUCACUUCUAGACUUGUAAGGCCUUCCUUCCUGCCAUGCUUAAAGCUAACCACGGUCACUUAGUCUGUAUUUCAAGUAUAGCAGGAACAGCUGGUAUCAGUAGAUUGUUGGAAUAUUUUGCAAGCAAAUUUGCAGCUUUUGGCUUUGCAGAGUCUCUCUACCUUGAGUUAAGACUACUACAAAAAAGUAAAAUUAAAGUCAUCAUAGUUUGCCCAUAUUUUACCAACUCUGGAAUAUUUGAUGGCUGUACAACCGAGAAAGUACCUCUUCUAGUGCCUAUACUGGAGCGAUAUGCUGCUCCAGAAAUUUUAAAUGCUAUUCUAGAGGAGCAAAUUCACUUGAUAAUGCCUGAAUUUUUGCAUGUUGUGUUUCUCCUUAAAAAAAUAAUAUCUCCAAACAUGAUCAUCGCCCUGACUGAGCACCUUGGAAUAGACAUGACCACGGCUUUGUUGAUAGGUCAAAAGAAAGCUGAUGAAGUUCAGACUGAAACCGAGAGGAAACAGCUGUAG